CCGCGGCAGCCGCCGCGCCUCCGGCCGCGGCCGCGGCGGGGCGUGCCUGGGGGGCGCCGUGGUGGAUGCCCAGGUCUCUGGCGGAUGCGGCGGCCGUCGUGGCGGCCGUGCUGGUCCCCUGCUGGGCGUGCGUCUGGGCCGCCCCGGGCGCGCUGGACGAGGGCCUCCGCGGGGGCGUGCGCGGCGUCCCGCUGGCGCUAUGCGUCGGGACGGGCGCCGCAGCCAUGCUGCUCGUGUCCCUGGCCCUGCGGCGCGGCCGCAAGCGGGCCGGGGCGGGCGCGGCCUCGGACGGCUCCAGGCCCCGCGCCGCACCGACCGGCCUGCGGGGCCGCGGCGACUGCUGCGGCCCAGGCACGCCGGAGUCGGAGCCCAUCAGGUGGAGUUUCGUGCCGUCCACAGGUGUAUUCCAGGCGAACAUGGACCACCCGAUCUCGUUCGAGAACGAGCUGGCCUCCCUGAAGGGCAUCGCCAUGCACCGGCCGACGCACGCCCCGGCGCGGGAGGCGUCCGGCAACUACCCGUACAGCUGGCACUUCUGCGGGAAGAAGCGGGUAUGGGAGGUCCGCGUGCAGAUGCGCUUCAAGUCGCUCCCGCAGGGUCCCCUGUACUUCGGCGUUGAGACCCGCUACGUUCCCUUCGAGAUGUCCGUGACCGUCAAGUCGUUCAAGAACAUGGUGGUGCGCGCCAUGCAGACGAUCGGGGGCGAUCUCUACCAGUCCUCGGGGGACAACCCCGCGACGACCGUCGGCGAGGCCGAGUCGCCGUGCUGCGUGUUCCCCCUGUGGGCCAUCGACCAGUUCCACGUGUGCGAUCCCGGCGAGGAGCCAGACAUAACAGGCGACCUCGAGGGCUACGGCAUGCGGCGCAACGAUGGCAUGAAGGCGUACAUCCGCUCUCUCAAGGAGACGCUGGAGAACCUCUCGACGGAGAAGGUGUACACCUUCAGCAUCUGGGGCGUGUCGCCGUACCUGGACGCCAUUCAUUGGGAGUUCCGUGGCCUGUGGCGGGGCUUCAAGCUGGACGCAAACAGGGUCGCCGGCAGCCCGCCCCUCUACAUCGUCAUGUACGACAUGCCAGGCUACGACCCGUGCGGUGCGGACCAGCGGCACCUGGCCUCCUUGAAGAGGUACUACAUAAAGGUGGCCAUGUGGAGCACCAUCCGCCCAGUGGACGAGGAGUCGCUCAGGAGCAUCGGCGUGGACACGAAGGCCGCCGACGGCGAGGUCCCGGGCCAGCGCCACGAGCGACACAACGGGGGCGGCAAGCUCGCGCGCUGGCUGAGCAACGCUGUGGACGUGUUCUCCUGUUGCAGCCCCGACGCCCGCUUCUGCCGCUCGGCCUCCCCGGGCGCCGAUGGCUCCCUCCAGGGCGGCUCGUCGCAGACGCCGCGGCGACCCUGGCCUGCUCGGGGCGCUAGGUGAUGCCAGCGGCCAGGUGCCCCGCCCGCUGGAGCCCAGCGGCGCCCCGACCGGGUGCCCGCCCGACCCCCGCCCGGCAGCUGCCGUGCCGCUCGGCGGCCCGGCCGUCGGUUCCCCUCCGCGGUCGCGCGUCGGUCUGAGCGGGGGCAGCGCCAGAGGGGGGGGGCCACGCC